GGCCUCCAGGUCCAGGUGGCAUGUUCUCAGUACCCUGCCUGCCUGCCAGCCUUCUUGGAGGUGGCGUCAGUUUGCCCUAAUGAGGAGUACCUCGCAGAUUGUGCCUGGAUUGGAUGCUCGGCUGCAUCCUGAUAAGAAGCAAUUUAUAAACGCCCAGCCGCCAGGGCCAGGCAGCCAAGGUGAAGCCGACAGGAUGGAUGGAUACUAAGUAGAUAACAUCUCGAGUGGAUGUGGUCCACCCUGCUGCUACUGUGUACCUGCAUCAACUCGUGGCCUGCCGAUCAAUCAGCCCAACAUGAGGAACGGCGUCUUCACCCUCGUGGCUGUCACCGUCACGGCUCUGCUGGCCUUCUGGCUCAUCUUUGACCCCUUCAACAGGGACUGGACCGCCCCCGCCUACCAUCUCUCCGUCACACACACGGUUCUCUUUCAGUUCAAGGAGGACGCAGACCCCCAGGCCGUUCGAGAUGUGUGUGGCGGGAUGAUGGCCCUCAGGACUGCCUGCGUGAACCCUUCCACGCUGCAGCCCUACAUCAAGUCACUCACGGGUGGAAGGGACAAUUCUCCCGAGGGGCACCAGCGUGGGGCCACACAUGGAUUUGUGGUCGAGUUCGCCAGCACCCAAGACCGCGACUACUAUGUCACCCAGGACCCAGCCCACCAGAAGCUCAGGAAGAGGAUCUCGUCGCUGGUCCAAGAUGUGGUGGUGGUGGACUGGGAGAACGGCCGGUUUUGAUGCCAUGUUCAGAGGCAACUUGCAGUCGCAGCGGUUGCAGUCGGUCCCGGACCGGCCAUGGUCUUAUCACGCCGGGGGCGGGCCGGAAGCCUGAGCCCAAGCGUCCAUCCCCACCUCCAUGACCGUGCCGAUGUUCGGAAGCCUAACGAAAUGCCGGGUCCAGGGCCACCGACACUCCAGGUUGCAUUGCAGUGCGGAGAGAGAGGAGGAUCGAGAGCGUCUGGGGUACCCUCCCCUUGGUAGAGAUAGAGUGUUGCACUUAUUGUACGUACUAUGGUAUAUAUGACGUGACGUGACAUGGGACAGAGCCUGUCAGACAAUAAAUAUGAGAACGGAAAUUCGCGCACCCUCAAUCGGAAGGCGCGCACCCAUCUGCUGACUAAGAAGUACUCUAUACAGACUUCUUCUUCCACGAAAGGGCCGGCUGGGGCGAAGGGGGCGAGCCCCGGAGCGCGAAGCAUAGCGGAGGGUCGUGAGUAGGGCCGGUAGGCACGACCCGAGUUCCCAGAGGACCAACCCGCCCUGUUUGUGGCCUCUAAAAUCGCGAAGAACACUUAUUUGUUGAAGUCGUGAGGACUUUGAGGUUCUGUGCUCUGAUUGGCUGAAUAGUAGGGAGGGUGCGCGCCUUCCGAUUCUGGCCCACCAACAUCGCCACCAAAC